AUGGCUGUGAAAGUGAGGCUUUCUUCAGCAGUUUUAGUCUUCGCUCUUUUGGCUUUGUGCGUUGGAAUAGCUAAAGCCAACAAAGACCUGGAACUCAAGGUUUGCGAGCGCCAAUGCAAAGAGCAACUGGGGUAUGAUGGGAGAGAGGUUGAGAAGUGCCUGAGAGACUGUACUGAGGAGCACUUCAGAAGGAAGGAAGAGCCAGAGCGUAAAACAAGUGGGACAGAAGAAGAAGGUGAUGGUGAAUGGAGGAGCUUCACGGUUGAUCCUGCAAAAAAGAAGCUGGGGCAGUGCCUAGAGGAAUGCCAGAGGCAGGCAGGAGGAGAACAGAAAUCGUUGUGUAGCCUAAGGUGCCAGGAGAAGUAUGAGAGAGGACCGGGAAGAGAAGAAGUGGGGAACAUGGAAGAAGAGGAGGAAGAGGGGAAUCCCUAUGUAUUUGAGGAUAGGCAUUUGAAAACUGAAGUUGAGACUGAACACGGAAGAGUUCGUGUCCUUCAAAAAUUCACGAAGAAAUCAAAGCUUCUCAGAGGACUAGAGAAUAUCCGGGUGGCAAUAAUUGAAGCUAAUCCUCAAGCAUUUAUAGCUCCAACCCACUUGGAUGCUGGGUUUGUUCUGUUUGUUGCUAAGGGACGAGGGGCUAUAACUCUGAUCCAUGAAGAGGAUAAACAGACCUAUAGCCUUGAACGUGGAGAUGUUUUCAGGGUUCCUGCAGGAACUACUUUUUAUAUGGUUAAUAAAGAUGAAAACGAGAAACUUCGUGUUGCCAAGAUCCUUUGGCCGGUUAAUCUUCCUGACAAUUUCAAUGCAUUCCAUGGAGCGGGUGGUGAAGAUGCAGAGUCCUUUUUCAAGGCAUUCAGCUGGGAGUUGCUUGAGGCUGCUCUUAAGACUGAUAGAGGAAGGUUGGAGAGAAUCUUCAAACAACAGCAAGGAGGAAUUGUCAAAGCUUCCAAGGAACAGAUCCAGGCCUUGGGCCAAGGUGAGGAAGGUGGUCAUGGCGGUGGUGGCCUGUGGCCUUUCCCAACAGGUGGGUCAAGCGGCCCAUUCAAUAUUUUCGACAAGGGUCCUGUCAAAAGAAACAACUAUGGCCAACUCUUUGAAGCCAGACCUAAAGAUAGCGAGCAGCUCAGGGACCUUGACCUUAUAGUCUCUUCGGCCAACAUCACUCGAGGAUCUAUGGCCGGACCCUACUACAACUCAAAGGCAACCAUGAUAUCCAUUGUUAUGGAAGGUGAGGGAUACUUCGAGAUGGCAUGUCCUCGCGACUCAUCUUCUGGUUCAAGCAUGGGAUACAUUGAAAGCGAGGGCUCAAGGAGAGGAAAGGGUGGUCAAACUUACCAGAGGACAAGCUCGCGUUUGAGCCGCAGCAGUGUCUUCAUUGUCCCUGCCGGUCAUCCCGUGGCCACCAUGGCUUCCGAAAAUAGCAACCUGGAGGUACUUUCCUUUGAGGUCUAUGCAAAAGGAAACGUAAGAUACCCUCUUGCAGGGAAAUGGAACGUUAUCGGCGAGAUGGACAGGGAAGCGAAAGAGUUGGCCUAUGGUGUGCCAGCAAAAGAAGUGGACCAAAUUUUCGGAAAACAACAAGAAGAGUUCUUCUUCCCUGGGCCAAGAAGGCAGCGCAGAGAAGGCCGUGCUUAUGCAUGA